AUGUGGAUCAGGAGCAGCCGAGCAGCUUGCCUGCUCCGAGUGCAGAACACAGACUGCGUGCAGCAUAAAACAGCCGAUCAUCGCCUGGUUCCUUCAUCACUUCUGCACCGUGUCAUGUCCGCAGAGCCGCACAGACAGAGGCCCGGUGUGGGAGUUGGGGUCUUGGUCACAGACACGCUCCAUCCCGGCUGUGUGCUGCUGGGGAAGCGCAAAAACUCCACGGGACACGGGACGUACCAGCUCCCCGGGGGACACCUGGAGUUCGGAGAGUCGUGGGAGGCGUGUGCGCAGAGGGAGGCGCUGGAGGAGGCCGCGCUGCAUCUGAAAAACCUCCAAUUUGUGUUUGUGGUGAAUUCUGUGAAACUCGAGGAAAACUAUCAUUACGUCACUGUGUUUGUGAGAGGAGAGCUGGACCACGACGAGUCCGAGGAGCCCAGGAACAUGGAGCCCGACAAGAACGAGGGUUGGACUUGGACUCAGUGGGACGAGUUUCCUCCGGACGAUCAGCUGUUUCUGCCUCUGAGAAACUUAAGGGCUCAAGGAUUUAACCCUUUCAGCGACACACACCGCAGCUGA